CCCACGGCCAUCGUGCCUCUCACAUGUAUCUUUGUAGUUCAAAGGUCUUGAUAAACCCCAAGUUGUCAGGUAGUACGUAGCGGCGAUUCAACAGCUCCAACACUGCCCACCUAGUUUCGCCACCGAGCAACCACGAAAAUGCCGGACACCAAAAACGCCAACACCGACCGUGUCGCCGAAGACCCCUUACCAAAGGCCUACAAGUUCAAGAGGAGAUUCUGUGAGUUCAACCAGUACCGGUACCGUAGCUUCUACGAGAUGGGACACGAUCGCGCAGGCGCUAUUGGACACUGCGAAACUCCCGCCCAUCGGGACUCGUCUAAGCCAGGGGCUGCCAUCAGGAUGGGGUAAGAGGUACAAACGAAACAUCGUGACCCUUGUAACGAAGUACGACCAGGAGGCCAACCUCAACAUAACACCCCAAAAACUCGUAGUGAGGCGUGCCCUCGUGGCAUUAAGCCACCAAGAUGCGUACAAGUGGUCUGUUAACAACCCCCUAACAGAGGAUCUGAAAUAUUUCUGGACGGACGAGGACUCGGGCUGUAUUUUGGAAGGCGUUGUUUUCAAAAACAUGCAUGAGGAGUACCAAGCCCUGCUGGAGAAGGUGCAUCAAGAGAGGAGUAGGAUUGCCGAGGACGUGGAUGCUACGAUCAGCCCCUCUCGCACACUCGCCCUGCUCGAGAAGAAGCUCCGGAAGAUAAUACAUGAUAGUCAGCAACAGGUGCACACCGCCGUGGAAACCGUAUUGGAAAAUAGCACAUUUGGGCUUGGACAACUCUCGCUUGGGUCACCAGGUGGCAGCAAAACGGAAAAGCUGCAAAAACGAAUCCAUAAAAAGACAGAAGAGGUCGAGCGGUUACGACAGGAGAAUCAGAGACUACAGGAUGUGAUGGCGACCAUGAACCCGGUUUCAUUUGAAAGGUAUCGCGGCCAUUCCAUUGAUGUCCGGACCCGCGCUGUCAUCACGUUUAUGAAAAACAAGACGAAGUAUGAGUAUACCGCCAAUCCUAACGCUGAAGCGGCCCGGGUUGCCGUCAGAGACUGUAUGGACCGGGUCCCAGAAGAAGAUGGCGCGCAAGAGAUUGUCGUGCCGCAGCCGUUCUCCACAGGCACACCUGCCAUCCUCGCAACGGCCUUAUCUAGACGCUUUCACGGGGCCGACUUUCUCAUGGACUGCGAAAUUGUAGCUGACAAGCUGGUUCUGGAUCGCCACGGCGAAGCGGCGCGUGAUACUCUCAGUCCCGUAUUACUCUACCCCCCCCCAACCCCCGAAUGGGCCGGACUUCAUAACGGUUUUCGGCAUGAAUACCACACCACGGCCCCUGGCGGAUGAGAGGAGCUGGCAGAUGGUGCACGAUCAAGUCUUCAAAGCCAUGUAUGGCCUAGAACCCGUGGAGGCCAGGUACAUUCGUGAAUGCUUGCACCAUGGCCGCACUGACAAGAAUCGAAAUGAUCCAAAUCGCACAGCGGCCCGAGAGAAGCUGAUGAGCCAUGCUAAAUUCAUUGACAAAUAUUUCAAUGUCGCCGAAUUCAUUUGCUUCAACUUUAACACGGCGCACGGGCAAAACAGCUGGAGUCACACCGACCAUUCAUGGAGGGACAAUUGGCACACCCUCAGAGGUGAGGUAACAGCCCAAAUCUUUGGAAGACCCGCCGACAAUAGACGUCCUCUUUUCCAUGACUACGUAAGAUUGUUUGCGCGGACAUGCCAGCUGUACAACUGGGGGGCUCAGACAGAAACGGAGUGGAAUGAGGAAAUGCAACAACUGGAUCAGACCAGGUGGGACGUGUUCAGGUUUGCCUUUAUGCUCUGGGUCCACCGGGACAUACACACCGGUAAUCUUGCGACUUCCUAUGUUAUAGACCCGGCAACGAAGAAUUUUGUCCGGAAGCUGCCAAAAGAUGUAAAGACUAUAUACCUUUGGAACGAGUUCAACUGGAUCAUUCAACACGACAAAUGGGUGCACGGUUUCCGCAACGAUCCCAAGCCCCCGGGUCCCAAGCUGGGUGGCUUUCACAAGCGCGCCGUGAUGCUUAUAUGUUCCUUCAUCCUCGCCCGCUAG